GGCUGCGACUCCUCCGACUAUGCAAUGGCGGUCGCUGGUGUUGGCGCUGCUGGCGCUGAGGCUGGCCGGGCAAGCGCUCUUGUGGCUGGCGGGUCCCAGCCUGGGUUUCUACCAGCAGCGCCUGCGGGCCUUCUCCUGCGCUCCGGCCACGGAUGGCGCCGCCUCGAACUCGCGCUGCCUCGGAGCCGGGUUGGUGGCCCCGCACUGGGCCUCCUUCCUGGGCAGAGCCUGGGGAGCCGGUAGUGGCGGCAGCGGAGACGGUGACGGCGGACCUUCUGCUGGCAGGGUCCUCGGCAGCGGUGACGGCGUCGUGGUCAACGACGAGUACGAGCAGCGCUACAGCCGGGCCUUCCCCCCUCAGCUCCGCGCCCAGCUCCGCGACGCUGCCCGCGGCAUGUUCGCGUUCGGCUACGACAACUACAUGGCGCACGCUUUCCCCCAGGACGAGCUGAACCCCAUCGAGUGCCGCGGGCGGGGGCCGGACCGAGCCGACCCUUCAAAUCUGAAUAUCAAUGAUGUCCUGGGAAACUACUCGCUUACUCUGAUUGAUGCAUUGGAUACCCUAGCAGUAAUGGGAAAUUCCUCAGAGUUCCGGAAAGCAGUGAAGUUAGUCAUAGACACGGUAUCAUUUGACACAGAUUCAACCGUCCAGGUCUUUGAAGCAACAAUUAGAGUUCUGGGAAGUUUGCUUUCAGCCCACAUAAUAAUUACAGAUGCCAAGCAGCCUUUCGGUGAUAUGACUAUUAAGGGCUAUGAUGAUGAGCUCUUACAUAUGGCUCACGACCUAGCAGUAAGGCUGUUACCUGCUUUUGAGAACACCAAAACUGGAAUUCCUUAUCCUCGGGUAAACUUAAGAACAGGAGUUCCUUCUGGCAGCAAUAAUGAGACUUGCACUGCAGGAGCGGGAUCCUUAUUGGUGGAAUUUGGAAUACUUAGCCGGCUUCUUGGGGAUUCAACUUUUGAAUGGGUUGCCCGCCGAGCUGUAAAAGCACUCUGGAGCUUAAGGAGCAAUGACACAGGGCUAUUAGGCAAUGUUGUGAAUAUUCAAACUGGCCACUGGGUUGGAAAGCAGAGUGGUUUGGGAGCAGGAUUAGAUUCUUUCUAUGAAUAUCUUUUGAAAUCUUACAUCCUCUUUGGAGAAAAAGAAGAUCUAGAGAUGUUCAAUAACGCUUACCGGAGUAUUCAGAAUUACUUGCGGCGAGGGAGGGAAGCCUGCAAUGAAGGUGAAGGGGACCCACCUCUCUAUGUUAAUGUAAAUAUGUUCAGUGGGCAGUUAAUGAACACCUGGAUUGAUUCUCUUCAGGCAUUUUUUCCUGGACUUCAGGUUUUAAUAGGUGAUGUAGAAGAUGCUAUUUGCCUACAUGCAUUUUAUUAUGCGAUAUGGAAACGAUUUGGCGCUCUUCCAGAGAGGUACAACUGGCAGUUACAGGCACCCGAUGUCCUUUUUUAUCCACUAAGGCCAGAGUUAGUAGAAUCCACAUAUCUUCUUUAUCAGGCAACAAAGAAUCCUUUUUAUCUCCAUGUAGGAAUGGAUAUUCUGCAGAGCUUGGAGAAAUACACAAAAGCAAAAUGUGGUUAUGCUACUCUGCAUCAUGUCAUAGACAAGUCCAAAGAAGAUCGAAUGGAAAGCUUUUUUCUCAGUGAAACAUGUAAAUACUUGUAUUUGCUAUUUGAUGAAGAAAACCCAGUGCACAAAUCGGGCAACAGAUACAUGUUUACUACAGAGGGGCACAUAGUGUCACUGGACAAACGUCUUCGUGUUUCACUAUGGCAAGAUACUGUCUCUGAAGAACAGAAAAAACCCGAAAAACAGAAGCCUAAUGAACUAAAAGCAGUCAACUCCACUUCAAAUUGCAACAGAGUACCAGAUGAGAGGAGAUACCUGCUGCCUUUGAAGAGUAUUUAUAUGAGACAGAUUGAUCAGAUGGUAGGCUUGAUCUGAACAACAUUUCAUGUGGCAUAAUUCUAAAAAAGAAAUGCAAGGCAGCAUCUUGUCCUGAAGAUGAUGUUCCCUCUUGAGCUACAUUUAGCAGGUGCAAAUGUAGCCACUUCUAAUGAAGGACGUAGUUCCAUGUUGAAAAGAGGAUGCCAUGCUAGAGGGCAGUUAUUGUAACUGAAAUACAUAUAAAACGUGGCACGUUCAGUAUAAAGUGAGCUAAGUUCUCAUGUGUGAAACUUCAAAGCUCAUAUGGCUGAUAAAGGCUUGAUAGUCUAAGAUUGCUUAAAAAAAAAAAAGAGCAAGUGGAUUGUGCCAGAAAUGCUGCUUUGGCACCACCUCUUAUUUGUAUUCUAAAUUAGAAUGUUUGGAGAGAACCUACUAUUUUAAAUUUAUUUCCAAAAAUAAAAAUAAGAAAUGGGGUGGGAGAACGAAAAGGGAAUGUGCAAUUUUUCUCAUGAAGCUUGUUUGUUUCACUUGCAAUAAACAGUACUAAUUAUUGCUCAGGUAGGAAAAUAUCCAUAGGUUUACUCAAUGUCUUGCUGAAAAUUUCAUAAUUGAAAUGUGACUUGUAAUACCAGCCAUGGUAUUGCUUCACUGUGUUCAGGAUUAACAUCUAGGCUGAUGUUGAAAACAGUGUUCUUAAAUUGGAUUGCACAUUCAAGGGUGUAUGGAGUUUACUAGUUUCUGAAACCAGUAAUUUUUUUUAAAAGGUGCCUUGUAGUAGGUAUAAAUGCACAAAACCACUCAUCUCAUUCUUCUGAUGACCAUGCAUUGCUGUUUUUAAGACAUUCACAACAUUCUUCUACUUAUAUCUUCUGUUUUAUGCCUCUCUUGGAGAUCUACCUGAAUUAAUACAGAAUCUAAGUAUUUACAUUCCUUAUAGUUCUAAUAUGCAAGCUUUUGGAUCUAGUGCCUUCUUACUUUGUCACUCAAUAGAGCCAAAUGUUUUAGCUCUUUUUUUUCUAAAAGACAUAGCCUUUUUUAAAUAACCUUUUGCUGAAACAUUAUAAAUAAAUAACAUCCCAAGUAGUAUUUGAGGGCUGUACACUCUCUUUCACACAUAAUGCAGAUUGAGUAUUUUACAGGUGAUUGUUUUUCCUUCUCUGGACAAGUAUUUUUAUAGCAGGUGAAGCAGAGCUGAUCUUCAAAAGAUGUUUUGGCCUUUGAUUUCCAUUUCAAUUGUUGCGAGGAAAAUGUCAUUUGUCUUAAGAUGAAUGUUGUGGUGCAUCAUUUUGAAGCACCUUCGGGCAAAAGAACUAAAGGGGUGCAAUCGAUAGCAUGCCCUCAGUGCUCAUAAGCCUCUGAAACAGGAUGCUUGUAAGUACCCAAUGCAGAGUGGCAGAGGGAAUUCUUACCUCCGCUGCACUUCUCGUCUGCAUUUCAGCUUUUUUAACCCUCUCGCUGGGGCUUCUUAGAGGGGGGAGAAAAGGAGUCUGGUUAGGCCUCAGGGUACCACGUAAUCCAGCCUCUCCAGUCCCCUCCCAGCCCACUGGAAUCCCGCUUUACCUCCGCUCCAAUGUUGAUUUUGUGACCUCAGAAAGGCAGAUGGUGUUCUCUCUGUGCUGGCUGUGAGAGGGAGGGGCGUGGGGAGAGUGGAUUCCUGCGUCUGAGGUAUGAGUGCUCUCUCCAAUCUUGGAUCCAGGAAUCUGAAUUAUUUUAUGACCCUUCAGACGCUCUCUAGGGCCCAUGAAAUUGCUCCCCAGAGUUUGUUUCUGAUGAACAAAGCCUCUCCUCUUCCCCACCUCUCCUCCCAAAAGUAGUAUCUGCAUCUCUCUAUUACAGAAUACAAUUAAAACACUCUUGAGGAUUAUUUUUCAAGAGAUUGAAACAUGAUUAUUAAUUACUUUUCAUCAAAGAAUGUCCCCCCAAAUUAAUACAUAAACCUUUUCCUUUUUGAGAGUGAGACACAAACUUAGAUCACAUCUUAUACUGUAAUGUGUAAAUAUCCAUUUUAUUACAUUUCCAAUCUGAUCUUUCAUAACAUAUGUAUUGCUUUCCUAAACGUAUUUCAAGUUAACCACAUAAUAUUUAUCACAGAAAUAAUUAGGGCUUGCUUAAUCUCUUUGGCAAACAAAUGAAUCUCAGGGAUCUCAAAGUAGGCUUCUGUUUGCCUAGCAGAUUUUGUGUUUCACCCUACUCUUUUCCUUCCCAUUUCCAUGAUGUUACUAUUUCUAAGGAAGUUAGCAGUAUAGACGAGGCCAGGUCUUAAUUGCCUUUGUUUUUUUUUCUCACCCAUAGAAUGUUCGAUCAAUUACUGAUUUAGAAUCCACGCAGAUUUUUGGAGUGGUAUGUCCCGAAGUUAUUAGGACAGCACAGGUGAUAAAAAUGAAUGUGCUAAUGACGAGCAGUUUGGGAUAGGCAAGGGUUCUUAUUCUAGAAAGGUGAACACAAUGUUAAACGAGGAUGUAAGGAGGAAAGAUGUAAAGGAAAAGAGCUGAAUACUUUGGAAUAAUGGCCUGAGGGUUUUUCCAGUGGAAAAACUUGGGCUAGGAUCCAUAGAGCUUCACUAGCCCAGUGAAUUUCUUGAUUCUACAGAGAUGGAUCCCAUCCCUGGUUAUGAUCGCUCAUGCCUUUUGAAACUGACGAGCAGUUUGAAUGCAAUUUCCCAUUUGGAAGAAGAACUCAUGCUUCCUUGGGAUUGCAGAAUUCAUUUCAUAGUUCUUUGGAUCCUGGCCGUAAUAAGCUCUCAAUGUGAAGAAAAGUGCAAACCAAAACAAUUCAGUUCACCACUGCUGUAAUCAUGUUGUCAAACGAAGCAUGCUGCUGCAAGGGGCAUGUACAUGAUUAAUGGGUUCUGCUGGGUGUGUAUCUUCUCUAGCAGAUCCACAUUAGCGCUUAGGACUACGUAGCCUCUUCAGUGCAGAUUGCAUGUCUUGCUACUCUAAUUAGCAAAGUUUGUGCCUACGAAAAUGUUGAGUGUCCAAAUGGUGGCUUACAGUUUAGCAUGUUGUGCCAAGUAAUAUAUUUAUUUGAAAUGUUCUUCCCACCCCCUCCCAAAAAAGAGAUAAAUAGUUUCUGUUCAAUCAGGCUACUAAAGUUUCAAAUUCUGAGUUACAUGGGCACUUUCCAGAACAAGUGUACUUCCAGUGGAAGUAGUAUAGUCCUUUCCAUGUGAUUCAGCUGGCAUUUUAAUUCUCUUUUGGUACAGAUGGAAAUGCAAAUUGAGGAGGCUGUAUCUUACCUUAGAGGCUGCUAUCUGAGGCCGUCUCUAGGUGCUAAUAUGUGCUGUGAUCAUUCCAAAUGAACAUUUGACAUAUUGGCAUAGAUUGCACUAAAUGCUAUUUAUGGAGUUACAACGAGAUCAAACUUUCAAGUUGACAGAAUUGAAAUGUCCAGUUCCUCUUAAAUUUCACUUGAAAUUUUAGUAAUGCUAUUCUGUAAAAACAAUAUCCCUUUAGUUCAUGAAAAGUGGCUCAUUUGUUCUAUUGCAAAAUUAGUGUUAAGGCCAAGUCUAAAACAUUGCUUGGAUAAUUUGCCAAUUCAUAUAGCCUGACUGAAUUUCUCACUAUAAUGUGCAAUAUGUGUUUUCUUAGCCUAACAUGGCAUUGUUACAGAACGUAUUUAAUAGGGUGAUGGACUUAAGGUUUAUAAAGAAUCAGAUGUUCUGAGAAAUGUAAAGAUUUAAAAAUGAAUAGAUUUUAUGUAUAAUUUGUAUUAAAGCACAAUUUCUUAA